CAAUACUCUCUUCCUUACUUCAUUUCCAACUUUCAGAGAAAGGAAUUCAAAUCCCUAACUCUAACCGUAACCGCUAUACUCUCACUAGUCCAACCACCGUGAUGUGUUAUCUUCCGCUAGAGAUAAUCACCAACAUACUCUCCCGAUUACCAGUGAAAUCCCUAGUAAGAUUUCAAUGCGUUUCCAAGGAAUGGCACACCCUAAUCAGCGGUCAAGAUUUCAUCAAGCUGCACCUCCACCGCUCCUUCAAGUCCAACACAGAUCGCACCCUCAUCGUCCAGGAACUGAACGCCGGUAUUCCCUUUGAUUUCUUCUCUGUCAGUUUCCAUGAUGAGAAUCGCUUCGGCAAGCGUUUGGAAAUUUACCAGCCACUGCAUUGUUCAAAUACGUCCACCGACAUCUUGAGCUCUUGCAACGGUUUGGUUUGCAUUUACAAUCAAUGGGGCGAAGUGAUCGCGAUUUGGAAUCCAUUGAUAAGGAAGUAUAGGAAAUUGCUCCGCGAACCAAUUGAGAAACCUUCUGGUUUUUCAAAUUCUUGGCCUAUUAGUUUAGCAUUCGGGUAUGAUUCACAUAAUGAUGACUAUAAGGUGUUGAGGGUUGUAAGCUUUUUUAACAUGGGCACUCCCGGAACGGAGUUUGAAGUUAAGUUGUGUAGUCGUAGGUUGCAGCGUUGGAAAAAAAUUGAAGAUCAAUGGCCAAACAAGGAAUGGUCGAUACGUUCUGACUCGGUGUUCUUGAAUGGAGCUUUGCAUUGGUUAGUAGCUGUGAAUGGGCAGAAUCCGGAAAAUAUUGUUGCUUUCGAUCUCGCCACGGAGAAAUUCCGGGUCAUUACAACGCCACUUAAAGCACCCACUUCUUGUUUGACAUGUUUGGAAGUAUUGGAAGGACAGCUCUGUUUUAUUGUGAUUGUUGAUGAGAUGUAUAAUGAUGUUUGGUUGAUGAAAGAAUAUGGGGAAGAGAGUUCUUGGACUUGGAUUUAUAAGAUUGAGCAAGGUGUAGUGGGUUCAACUUUUGAGUAUUGCAAGCCUCUAAUGUGUUCCAAGAAUAAUGGGAAGAAGAUUCUGAUGAAGGAGUGCCAUAGGUAUCGUACUUAUCUUAUUUGGUAUGACAUAGAAAAGAAAACACGCAAGAGGGUUAAGAUUCGUAAGCUUCCGGCAAUGUUUCAGACGGCAACUUGUAUAGGGAGUCUUCUUUUGCUUGAUGGUGAUAAUGUGAUUGAUCCAACACAAAAGAACAAUAGGAAUCAAACUCCAUCAGAGGGUCUUAAUCUGUUGGUGAAAGGAGUGAUUGAUUAAUAAACGAAACACAAGAAUGAUAAAGAGCAUGCUGGAUAAAAUCUUUUGUUUUAUAAAGAAUUUGCUAGAGAGUAUGCUGGUGGAGGAAUGAGAAUGGCUAUCAAUUGUAUGCCUAUAAUACGGCACAAGUAUUGACAAGUCUUUACAGUCUUUGUUUCCUUUGAUGGAGUUUGUUCUUCUCUGUCACCAAAUCUGACACUUAAUCAUUUAGUGGAGUUAAUAGCUUACAACUGCAAGGUAAGGGUUAUUGGUUGGUAUUGGAAUCAUAGAUAGUUAAGUUCAAAUUUUCAUGUUUUUGCAACUCUUUAUCUUUAGAAUGGUUCAAAAUUGAUUUCAAUGUUGCUUGAUAUAAAUGGAGGAUGAUUGUGUUCUGUACCACUAGAAGUCUUUUGGAUAGAACCUAGAAGUAGGUCUUUGUGUAGGGGCUCAAUUUGCUGAUGUCAAAGGUAUCAUGUUUACAACUUUGACAUAUCACUACAGUGUGAGCAGGCUAUCACUUAUGUUUUAGUGAUGAUUUUCUUUGUGUAAGGAAGCUUCUUAUAAAUAGACAUGGUUAACCCCCAUUUCUCCUUAUUUUUGUGUUUUUUAAAAAAAAAAAUCUUUUUUACCUUGUGAUUACCAGUUUUUUUUUUUUUUUUUUAGUUAUUCAGCUUGUAUUAGCCCAACAGAAAAUGAAAUGAAGCAUUUAACAUCGAUAACAUAUAUUGUACAUUUUUUUUUGUCAAACAUGUUGCUUUUCAACUCUAGUUAUUUACGACUCUCAACCAUGGUACUAUAGUAGGCCAUUGUGGUCAAAAGAUUGUGUGCUGGGGGGUUAUGGGUUGGUAUGUCAUUCAAUCUUUCUUGUUUAACACAUUAGUUUCGCAUCUUUUGGAUGGUUGGAAAUUGUGAUUUCAAUGUGGUAUUAAGAAAUGUCAAAUGGCUGCAACUAAUUUUUGUAAAAAUCAAUGAAAGUUUGGUCUCUACUUAGUUUCCUUUGAUGGAGUUUGUUGUUCACGGAUGUUCUCUGCAACGUGACUUAUCUAAUGU